AGUAACACGUCGUCAGUUAUUAAUUUGAAUUUCAAUAAAACAAAAGAAAACCAAAUCCUUGUGAACAGUUAAUUUCGUUGCAAAAAUUUGUCAUUUACACAAUGGCAAAGUAUAAUUUAAUCACCCUUAUGGUGGCUAUGGUGGUUCAGAUUUGUGUUGCCGGACCGGUUGAACAAGUUCAACUGAUAUCCGGUGGAUCAAAUAUGCAAGUGUCAUCAACGGCACCGGCUGGUACGGCUCGUACGAUGCCAGGUAGCCAAGUUGAUAAGACGGCAAAAUUGGGAAAAAACGUUUACAUUGGAUACUAUGCAUUGAUUGGCGCCGAUGCUGAAAUCGGUGAUAAUGUGAUUGUGUUAAGCGAUUCCGUUAUUCCGCCAAAGUGCCAAGUGCCCGAUAAUCGAAUCGUUAUGAACGGACCAUUUACGGUCGAUUUGGUAUUUCUUCUUCAAGAUAUGGAAUCGAUCAACACUGACUACAGAAAACAACAUCAAUCCACUGUUGACACUAUUUUACAAGAUAAAAAUUUUAAAGCAAUAAUUGAAGAAAAAAUACACAAGAUAUUUGAGGAAUUAUUGAAUAAUCCCACUACAUUUGUCAAAUCUGGCGAUUUAUAUGUGGUUUUAAGAGCGUUUUUACAACAUCUUUACGGUGCCAAACUCAAUGAAAUGUUGACAAAUCAAGAUAACAAUGGAAGUGCAUUCCAAAAGAAAGACAUGUCAACGAUUCAUUUUCCACGGAAUCCGACAAAUGAUGAUGAAAAUACGCGCAAUUAUUUAGCAAAAAAACUAUUGGCUAUUUUUUACGUGUAUAUGUCACCAGUCACCCAAAGUUUGGACGAAUUUACCACACUUGCCGAUGCUAUCAUAAAGGAUGAUGUGCAAAUUGUAACAGCUCAAGAGCUUGCGCAAGAUAUGAAUUCAAAUUCAGGAACCAAUCAACCCAAAUCGGAACGUGUACUGAAUGCAGAAAAACUUGUAGCAAAUAUUCCGCGUGGAACAUUGGUUGGUGGUGGUCUACUUCCCGGCUGGCUUGGAGGUAAGAAAAAACCAGAAGCUUCGGCUUCAGCUGCAAGUUCGGCUUCAGCUGCAUCGAGUUCAACGAGCUCGUUAAGUUCGUCAAGUUCAUCGAGUUCGUCAAGCUCAUCGAGUGCUUCAAGCACUGCUGCAGCCGCAGGAAAUACAAAAACUGGUGGUGGUUUUCUUUCCUACUUGUUUGGUGGUAAAAAACAACAAGCCUCUGCUCAAGCACACGCAACUGCAGGUCAGAAGGACGGUUUUCUUUCCGGUUUACUUGGUGGUAAGAAGCACCAAGCCCACGCUGAAGCAUCUGCAGGUCAAGGUAGUGGUGGUUUUCUUUCCGGUCUGCUUGGGGGUAAAAAACAGAGCAUUCCACAUGCUAUCAGUUCUGCUACAGCUACAACAGGUCAUCAAAGUGGUGGUAGUGGUCUACUUUCCAGUUGGUUUGGGGGUAAAAAACAGAACUCCCUCAGUUCAGCGGCAUCUUCCGUAGCUAGUAUGGCAUCGGCAUCAUCACAUUCAGUCGGAUCUUCUCAUUCAUUGUCAAAUUCUGCAAUGGCUGCAGCUUCAGCUUCAGCUUCAGUAGCCGGAUUUUCAAGCCCGAAUCACAGCCCUUAUAUGACUCCUGAACAUGCCAAAUACUUCAUCGAAGAGCAUGGUUAUCCUUGUUUCCAGUAUUGUCCUUAUUGUGGUGGUGAUUUCAUGGCGCUUAUGCAAUCAAAUGCACAAUUCGGACAAACCUUAUUACGCAGUAGAUCAGCUGGCUCACAUCAUCAUGGUUUCGGCCAAACGCACACAGCAACCUCGAAUCAUGGUGGUCUUCAUCGCGUGAAAAGUUUUUCUGGAGAUGCACUUAAUGGACAUUCGCAGCACUACGAACAUCGGAAAACUAAUGGCGGAUCAAUGACAUCGAUUAGUUCAGAAUCACAUUCUACAUCUGGCGGUCUUUUGCAUAAUGCAGCGAAUACCUUGAUUCAUAAUGGCAUCUCUAACUCUGGUCAUGGUCAACAUGUCUCAACGGGUGCCAGUGCUUCGUCCGCUAAUUCAUUCGCUGCUAAUCACGGCUAUGUGAGCAGUGGUAGUGCAGCCCAUGCCUCAAGCGAAGUUUCAACGGCUCACGAAGAAAGUCGAACCGGUUCGGUCUCUUUUGCUACGUCCAGUGCACAAAAUCAUGAGCAUACAAAACACACACAACAAUCUCAUCAGAUAUCUUCAUAUGCCGAUGCUAGUGCAAGCUCAAAGGUCAAAAGUCAUCACGAACAAUCAUCAGCCAGUGCAAACGUUGAAAAUUAUCAUAGGUACGAAGAAAUGGAACGUCGUAAACAAUCACAAUCAAUGGCGUCUUCUUUUGCCACUUCCAGUGCUGCCACUUCCAGUGCUGCCUCUUCGAGUGCCGCCACUUCUAGUGCUGCUAACAGUGAUAGUAGUCGAACUGAGCAUCGUUUCAACGAGAGACAAGAUAAUCAUCGACAUCAUUCCGAAACGAUGGUGGCUUCAUCUUAUUCAGAUUCAAGUGCAAGUCAAAAUCAUUCACUUGGACUGGCUACUGCACAGAUUUCAAACCAAAAUCGUUUUGAAGAAAUGAAACAUGGCCAACAAAGUAUGUCUUCUUCCUAUGCUGAUUCUAGAUUCGCCAAUACACAGACUGAGAGUCGACGUCGCAGUAAAAGAGAUCAAUCUACUACAACUACUACAACAACCACAACAACGAGUGAACGUCAACGACUUGAAAAUUAUCACAGACACCAGCAAAUGAAACGCAGCCAACAAUCGGAAGAAAUGUCAUCGUAUGCUGGUUCAAGUGCACGUACACAAUUCGAUAGCAGUCAAAGUCAUCGUGAGCAAUCAUUAGCCAGUGCACAGAUUGAGAAUCACCGAAGUUACGAAGAAAUGAAUCAUCGUCAACAAUCACAAGCAAUGGCCGCAUCUAGUUCUAGUGGUGGCACACAAAUUCAACGACAUCGCAGCCACCGAGAAAGAAAUCACAACAAAAAAGCACAAAUUUUGUCUGUUCAUGUAAACGUGGGAAAUUCCAAUUCACAGCAUUAUCAACAGCAACAGAUUCUCAAUCAACAUUCACAUUCUCAUGCCAAUUUGUAUACCAAGAGUCAUUCGGCAAAUUAUAAUCUCGGUUUGUGCGACGAUAGAAAUUGUAUGGCUUGCAAAACAUUUGCUUUAGAGAAACAACGAUGGGAACAUCACAUUAUGGACCAACAUCAACGACGUAAAGACGAACGAUAUAGAAUGUCUGGUCAGACAGCAUCAACUUCAGCAGCAGCAGCAGCAGCAGCAGCGGCAUCAUCAACUUCAAGUGGCGUUACAGGCAUGCAUGGUCUUGGCUAUAAUCACGGUGUAUCAUCAGAAGCUUCAUCCGCAGCUUCGGCUGCAACUUCAACUAUUGCAGAAAAUAGUCAAUUUGGACAUAUCGGACGUUCACAUUCAUUACCAUUGGAAAGGAAUGAAUCUUGGGACGAAUUUUCUAUUCGUAACAAUGGCGGAGGAAUGGGUAUGAAUGGAAUAGCUGGUGGAUCAUCUGGCGCAGCCAGUGCAUCAAGUGCAUCCAGUGCAUCUAGCGCAUCCAGCGCAUCCAGUGCAGCCAGCGCAUCAAGUGCAUCAAGUGCAUCUAUUGCAGCCAGUGCAUCAAGCGCGUCCAGUACAGCCAGCGCAUCCAGCGCAUCCAGCGCAUCCAGUGCAGCCAGUGCAGCCAGCGCAUCAAGUGCAUCAAGCAGUAGCUCAUCAAGCAGUUCUUCGGGCUCAUCCGGCUUUGGGCAAACUGGCUUUGGUGGAUCUGCAUCUGCAGGUUUUUAAGCCAUCAAUAUUGAAUUUCACGAAAGAAUUUAUAAUUUAGUGGGAACAAACCAAUAACCGUAUUAUAAAUAUUCUAUGUUAUAAACCAAA